AAUCAUCCGCGAGUCGUUUCUUUCCGCUCCCGGUUUGAGUUUGAAAGCGUUGUUUUCUCGCCUUCAGGUUGACAUCAAGUUGCGCUGCCGCCGCUGCUGGUCAGUGUCUGCUCGCGCCAGAUAGAGUCGCAGCCCUCGCCUCUUCAAAUCAAGCUCUCUUCAUUUAUUUAUUUAUUUAUUUCUCCUCCCUCACGGGAAAGCAUCACUUCACGUGUCGCGUCCCGGUAACGAACGACUUCAGCGCGAGAGCGAGAGAGAGCGAGGAGGAGACAGGCUGGAGCUCGAACCCUCGUCCCUCGUUCAGCACCGCUGAGGUUCUGCAGGAUGAGGUACGAGCUGGUGGUUCUGGCUGCCGGAAUCUGUGGUCUGCUCUGCUUUGGCGUCCUCGCUGUAUCGAUCGGAACUGAUUAUUGGUACAUGAUCGACGUGAACAAACCCAACUGCACCGUUUGCGGCGAGCUGAGUUCACAUUCUGGACUGUGGAGGAUCAAUGAAGGGGCAAACAAGAGUUCGGUCAUCCCUUUCUUCUCAGCAAACAUGUCCAGCCUAUCAGAGGCCGAGAGGCACCUUCUUGGUUUACACAAAGUGGUGGUCAUCAUCCUGCCCCUCAGUCUGGUGAUGCUGGUGUUUGGAUGGAUCUUCGGUCUCGUGAGCUCACUGGCCUGCAGCCCCAACCUACUGGCUGGCACAGCGUGCUAUUUCCUCUUCUCGAGUCUCUUCACGCUGAUGGGGGUCAGCAUCUACAUCAGAUACUCCCACCUGGCCAUGGAGGAGUUCCAGCGUGUGGUUCCACCGGAAAACUUGACCUUCGUGAACGUCUCAUUUGGCUGGUCCUUCUGUUUGGCCUGGGUUUCCUACAGUCUGGAGGUGUCCACUGGUCUGCUGCUCAUGCUGGCGGCCAGAAUCACCCAGAUGAAAGGGCACCUCGACUCAGGUGUUUCUGUCGCCAUGUUUUAGCAGGUCACAAGUGCCUUCCUGGCAGCUGCUUGCUUAGUUUAGAAUCAUCAUGCAAGUUGCAUUUUAAAGCAGGUGUAUUGAAGUGAGUCCAAGUUGAUUUUUAUUUUCAAAUGUCUUUUUUUAGUCGAGUUUUCCUUGUGCCAAACCAGCAAAGAAAAUUACAAAUCAGAUGCCAGAAGCGGCUUUGUAUUCAUUCACUUGCUUUUCGUUUCCAUUGUUCGUGGUAGCCACACAAUUGUGUUGUCUGAUUGAGAGAGUAUUUCAAUGUAUUGUAGGUGAGCCAACUGUUUUUGCCAGACUUAAAGCAAAAAUACCGCCGGAUGUUCCAACACAUCAACGGCACAAUGAAAAACACAAUUGAAACCUAAAAACUCUUCAUUCAGUUGCAUUUUAUUCUCCAUGAAUCUCUCAGUCAGCAAGUCUUUAAGUAGAGUGGUACCUCGGUUUUCGUCCUGGAAUUCAUACAAAUCAGAGUUCGAACAAAAAUGUUGAGGUUUUUUUGCUUCAAAUUUCGAACAAAAAUCCAGAACUCGAACGCCCCCGAAAAAAGGAAAAAACACAAUGUGCGCGGACCGAUCAGCUGACCCACGAGGCGCUUUGUUAUUGUGUAUAACGCAGCCUCUGUAUGCAGACGUGUCCCGUUAGCUACAUUUACUGACUGUUUUUUCUUCAUAUUGAGGUGUAAAACCUUUCCUGUCUCCACACUGGACCGUGGUAGAGUGUCACAGGGGAGGUGCUCGCUCUCAACACUCCAGGGUUUGAUGUCCUGUUGUGGGCUGGAGCUGGGACAGGGAUGAGGCGAGUCUGGGACAGAGCGUGACUUGGUUUAUGACUUUGUCACAGCCAAACUGCACAGAAGCGCACAUUCAGAGCUGGACACGCACCGGGCACCUCUUCACUUCUGGAGAGACGUCACUCACUCGGCAACCCCUCCCACAUGCAGCGGCCACACACAUAGAGGAACAGCGCACCUGCAGCAGACACUCUACAUUCACUCCUACAAAAGACUAUUUUAAGGCUUGGAACGCAUUGUUUCUUUUUCCAUUCAUUGUAAUGGGAAAAAUCGGUUCAGAUUUCGAACAAAUCGCUUCUCAAAUGGCUGUCUGGAACGGAUUGUAUCUAUCUAGAGCGUCUUCAGGUGCAAGGGGCGGAGCCUAACUAACCACUUCCACAUCAUCCAGCAAACUUUACACAACUUUCCCCUCAAGGAAGUGUUUUCCUUGGGAGUCAUAAUCCUAAAUUGGUUUCCCCAUUAGUUUUUCAUGAAGUAUUUGCAAACCAAGGACAAAGAAAUGUGAAAAGAAAGGAAAGAAGUCGCCCUUUAUCUCUGCUUUGUUCUCCCUCACCUCAGGGCGGGGGGAAGAGAACGAAGCAGUUCUGCCUGCUCAGAUAUGGAAUUCACUGCCCGCGAUUCCGUCAGUUUAAUUGAAUUCUGUGGCGUAAAAAGGAAGGCAGAGAUAAAUAAAAUUUAUUAUUAAUUGUCAGUAGCUGUUCUCCCAGGUACAACUUCUUGCUGUUUAUUGUAUUCACAUUGCUGCUGUACUGUCAUAGCCAUAGCCAUAAUGCCAUGGGUGAGACACUGAUCCACGCACUGACUUUCAAGGUCGAAUUCUUCAUACAUGUAAAGGGUAAAAAGAAAAUUGUAGGAUGCCCUGAAAGUGUUUUUGUUGUUCCUCAAGCGUCUCAGAUUUAGCAACUUAGCGACCAAAUUGAUUCAGUGCUAGCAUAGCUUUUCUCCGCAACUACUCACGCCUAAGAGUGACACCAAAGUCAGCCAUCUUGGUUUCGCCUUCAGUGCGUCACGUAAAAGAAAGAUGGAGGUCGGUGAGAAUGCUCCUCCCAUGCACACAUCCCAACCCUGACCCCUCCUUUGUAGCACCAUGCUGCGCAGAAGGUUGACUUCAAUGUCAAUAUUGGUCAAUAUAUGAUGGUCUCCCAAGAUCACUGUAAAAUGUGACAGCACAUGUUUUCAUACGCAAAGAGGUCAUUUCACUUUCCCUGCAUUGUUUCUCUUGAAACUCAGCUUUGGCUUGAUUGUUUCUUUUCUGACACCAAAAGCCAUUUUCUUCAAAUUUAGCAACUAAGUGUUUACAAAUUUGGCAUUAAAGGAUUGGUGCGUAUGUCUAAGUGGCUGUGAAUAAACCAAACACACCGCUCUAAUGGGAUCUCCUGUGACAAGGACCAUUCAAGUGUCCGCUCCCUCAUCUGAAGUUGAAGCUUUUCGUUGUCUUUUUCGGAUUCAUGUUAUGCCCUGUAAGUGCCCACUGAUCAUGUUCAAACCAAUCUAGUGGUUUCUGUGAUGGGUUCCUCAUUUCCACUAAUGGUCUUUUCCGGGAAUGUGCCGCUCUCAUGUACUGUACUGGGGUAAACACAAACUUUGUCCUGUGCCUAUGUGACAUCCUUUAGGUUGGCCUCGCUAUAGGAGUAUUAUUAAAUAGAAAUAAGAUUCUGAGCUAUUCAGACAAGAGGGGCUGCUCAUGAGCAGUAAUGGAGCGUAAUAACAGUAUUUUCCCCUCAGAUACAUAUAGAAAAAAAGUCUGGAAAUGAAUGACAAAUGCAGCAAAACUUCACAGGAAGGGUAAAAUUGCCACUCAGUGAUUCACAAAUUCAAUCCAAGUGUAUUUCUGGAUGGAUGACUGCACUUUGAAAAGGAUGACGUCUAUGCUUUCACGCCCAAAGUCAGUGGUUGGGGUGAGCCAUUAAAUGGCACACUUUUCAGGCUGCAUCUAGUAACUUGGUUGGUAAACAAAGCAUUUCAAACAACCGUGUGUUUCCGUCAUGGUGUAUUCAUCUGCGUCUGCAACGUGGAAGCCUGACUUCGGCGUCACUAUAGGACGCAACAGGGCACUUUGUAACACAAGUAUAUCACGGCAUGGGAGUGAUUCUUCUUUUCGUCUUUCUGACUCCAUGUUUACUUCCUUGAAAGCAGCGAGGAAAAAGAUCCGCCAGAGCCUCAUUUUGUUAUCUUACCGCCGCAACUCAAAGCCGAACUAUACAGCAGGGGGGGAAAAAAACAUACACCGUAAAAGUCCGCCUCAUGCUUGUGCUGUUAUUCAAACACAUGCGGGGAAAUGAGAACCCAACAUGAAUGCUGUUGCUGCUGUUCAUCUUUGUUAUCGCAGUGGUUUCACAAGUCUGUUCAUAAUGUGA